UCAGGUCAGUUUCCUCCUUCCAGGAAGCAGACGGCGGCGGCGGCAGCUCUUUGACUUCCCGCCAUUCAUACUCCUUACCUUUCUGCCAGUCUUCCCCCACUUAAUUAUUGCUUCAAGAAUUAAUCCAAAAAUGAGAAACAAAAGGAAAAAAUUACUGCUUGAAAAUAAUCACGAUUCCAAAAUAUCCCACCACCUAACACACAUAGAAAAUUCCAAAAAUCUCAAAUACAGUGAAUUUGCCAGCAAAUAAACAAUCAGUGAAAAUCCGAUUCUUGACUAGUCUACCUUCUUCAACUUCAAAACCCAAUUCGUCUUCACUUUCCUUCCAAGCCCACCAUGAAUAUCUGGUGAAAAGGGAUCGCUGACCUGAUUGAAUUUUCUUGCUGGUUUGCCAUGGUUUUGCUUCCUUUUGAGCGGUUUCAAGAAUUAUUUUGAGUGUGAUCGGUUCAUUCAAGAAAAACGCCUUGUUUUUUCGGCUUUUGUGGAGUUUGUUAUGGCGAAUAAUGGUGGUGGUAGUAGUAAGAAAGAGAUAGCACUGAGGCUGAGGGCGGCGGCGGAGGAGGCGGUGCAGUGCAUUGGGUUGGGCUACGAUUUGACGCUUGACUUGCGCUUGAAGUACUGCAAAAAGCAGCAAGGUUCGAAAGAUGGGUCCAGGUUGAUCUCCAUGGACGUUGAUCAGGUCCGGGAUAUCGCCGUCCCUGGAGGAAUUUUGGUCCAGAAUGUGCCCAAGUCUAUUAAUUGUGAUAAGGGGGAGCGCAUGCGCUUUAGCUCUGACAUUCUAUCGUUCCAGCAGAUGUCGGAACAGUUCAACCAGGAAUUAUCACUUUCAGGUAAAAUUCCCACAGGCCACUUCAAUGCAGCAUUUGAAUUUACGGGUUGUUGGCAGAAAGAUGCUGCCUUCACAAAGUCCCUCGCCUUUGAUGGGGUCUUCAUCAGCCUGUACAGCAUUGCAUUAGAAAAAUCCCAAGUAAUGCUACGAGAUCAUAUCAAACAAGCAGUGCCAUCUUCAUGGGAUCCGGCUGCAUUAGCAAGGUUCAUUGAGAAAUAUGGUACCCAUGUCAUUGUUGGUGUGAAGAUGGGAGGAAAGGACGUUAUAUAUGUAAAGCAGCAGUAUUCAUCGCCUCUCCAGUCCAUUGAGGUGCAGAAAAGAUUGAAGGAUGUGGCAGACAAGAGGUUUAGUGAUGCCAGUGGACAAUCUAGCAUGCUUCCUGAGAAAGCUUAUGGCAGCGAAAUGUAUGAGAGUAAUGAAAGAAGAUCUGCAUUCUUGGAUCCCAGUACACCAAGUUUUCACUCUAACCAAGAGGAAGUUACUUUCUUCUGGAGGAGGAUAGGUGGAAGCAGCAGUAGAAAUAUGACUCAUACUAACUGGUGUCAGACUGUGCAGCUUGAGCCUGAAGUGAUCUCAAUGUCUUUUAUUCCGAUUUCGUCACUCUUGAAUGGAGUUGAUGGGAGCGGAUUCUUGGGUCACGCCAUUAAUCUAUAUUUGCGUUAUAAGCCACCUAUAGAAGAACUUCAUCAAUUUUUGGAGUUCCAACUUCCAAGGCAAUGGGCACCUGUAUUUGGUGAUGUUCCCCUGGGUCCCGAAAGAAAGCAGCAAGGAGUUGCAUCUUUGCAGUUCAGUUUGAUGGGUCCCAAGCUGUACGUUAAUACUAACGAGGUUGAUGCGGGAAAUAAACCAGUAACUGGCAUGCGGCUGUAUUUGGAAGGAAAGAGAAGUAACUGCUUAGCAAUCCAUUUGCAGCACCUGUCCUCAUUGCCGAAAAGCUUUCAACUUCAUAGUGAGUUGGCUGGAAACAAUAAUAACUCUUAUGACCGUAGGUAUUAUGAGAAGGUCCAAUGGAAGGGUUUCUCACACGUAUGCACUGCCCCCGUCGAGUCUGAUGAUGAUCUCUCCAUAGUCAGUGGAGCACAAUUUGAAGUUAAGGAAUCUGGUAUGAGAAACGUCCUAUUUCUACGCCUACAGUUUUCCAAAGUUACUGGUGCAACAGUAGUGAAGAGACCGGAGUGGGAUGGUUCUCCUGCCCUUGCUCAAAAGUCAGGAAUUAUAUCAACUAUAAUCAGCAGUCAUUUCAGCACUGGACAGAAACCUCCUCCUAAGCCAUCUGAUAUUAACAUCAACUCCGCGUUAUAUCCUGAUGGCCCUCCAAUGCCUGCACCAACCCUUAAACUUCUGAGGUUCGUCGACACAACAGAAAUGACAAGAGGGCCACAGGACCCACCCGGGUACUGGGUUGUCUCGGGUGCCAGGCUUGUAGUUGACAAGGGUAAAAUAUCGCUUCGUGUGAAGUACUCACUCCUAGCAGUGAUUUUGCAAGAUGAAGAGGUACUUUUUCAGGGCUGAUUGUUUUCGUAAAAAGUGAGAAAGUGCACUCAGUGGGAAAAAUGAGAUGGUUACUGGUAUUUCUUUGUGUGGGUUCUGGUACUGCCCAAGCGUAAUGCCUGAUCUGAACCCAGAAUGUAGAAUACCUUGUUUUGAUAACUGAGACUCUCUGUUGGCUUCUAUCUGUACUAAAUUCUUGUAUAUUUUACAAUUAGGAGAAGUAAAAGAAGUGUUUGGAUGUUGAUGUCUCCUGCUA